AUGUCUAGCGGAAAGAGAUACUCGAUAUCUAAGAGGUACUCAUGGAGCAUCUCCAACCCUCCCCAGGCCGCCGCGGCGCCUGCCCAGGGCAACACCACCAACCUUCUUGCUACCGGAGGUCGGAUCGCAUGGCUUGCGGAUCUCGACACUACCCGCACCCCGGCCAAGAACUACCGAAGGACCUCUAUCAUCUGCACCAUUGGUCCUAAGACCAACUCCGUCGAAGCUAUCAACAGGCUGCGUCAGGCCGGACUUAACAUUGUCCGCAUGAACUUCUCCCAUGGCACCUACGAGUACCAUCAGUCCGUGAUUGACAACACCCGUGCCGCCGAGGAGGCCAUGGCUGGUCGUCAGGUUGCCAUUGCACUCGAUACCAAGGGUCCCGAGAUCCGCACUGGCAACACUGAAGGCGAUGCUGACAUUCCCAUUUCUGUUGGCACAAUCUUGAACAUCACCACGGACGAGAAAUACGCCAAGUCUUGCGAUGCCGAGAACAUGUACGUUGACUAUGCCAACAUCACCAAGGUGAUUGAGCCCGGCCGCGUCGUCUAUGUCGAUGACGGCGUCCUCGCCUUUGACGUUCUUAGCAUCAAGGACGAUAAGACGAUUGAGGUUCGUGCCCGCAACAACGGCUUCAUCUCGUCUAAGAAGGGCGUCAACUUGCCCAACACCGACAUCGAUCUCCCCGCCCUUUCCGAGAAGGACAAGAACGACUUGCGGUUUGGUGUCAAGAACGGUGUUGAUAUGAUCUUCGCCUCCUUCAUCCGAAGAGGCCAGGACAUCCGUGACAUCCGUGAUGUCCUCGGCGAGGAUGGUGCCCACAUCAAGAUUAUCGCCAAGAUUGAGAACCGACAGGGCCUCAACAAUUUUGCCGACAUUCUCUCUGAGACUGACGGUGUCAUGGUUGCUCGUGGCGACAUGGGUAUCGAAAUUCCCGCCGCCGAGGUCUUCAGUGCCCAGAAGAAGAUCAUUGCCAUGUGCAACAUGGCCGGGAAGCCCGUCAUCUGCGCUACUCAGAUGCUUGAGAGCAUGAUUAAGAACCCUCGGCCCACCCGUGCUGAGAUCAGCGACGUCGGUAACGCGGUGACUGAUGGUGCCGACUGCGUCAUGCUUAGCGGUGAGACUGCCAAGGGCGCCUAUCCCGAACUUGCUGUCCGGGAGAUGAGCGACGCGUGCCUGCGUGCCGAAGCGUCUAUUCCCUACAUCAGCUUGCCCGUCUGCCCCAUUAUCAUGAUCACCCGCAACGCCCAUACCUCGCGAUGCGGUCACUUGAACCGUGGUGUAUAUCCCUUCUACUUCCCCGAGGAGAAGCCCGACUUCGACAAGGUCAACUGGCAGGAAGAUGUUGACCGCCGUAUUAAGUGGGGUGUCUCCCGGGCGAUCGAGCUCGACGUCCUCUCUCGAGGCGAGACUAUUGUCAUCAUGCAGGGCUGGCGCGGUGGAAUGGGUAACACCAACACCAUGCGUAUUGUGAAGGCUGAUCCCGAGCACCUCGGCAUCGGUGAGGUCCCUUAA